CUAUUUGCAAGAAAGAGAAUCUCUGGUUUCAUAUUGAUGUAUGUUUUAUUUGUUGGUGAAUUUAUUGCAAAAGCUGUGACGAUUUAUUUAAACGGAGUAAUAUUGUUAUGGUCUGCUAUUUUAAUUAUUUAGAUCGGAUUCAAUGUCAUGGAACGCGCAUAAAAUGCUCGGCGCGCCUCUGCAGUGUUCGCUGUUUUUAGUCAGACGUAGGAAUUUGUUGUACGAAGCUAAUUGCUCCGGGGCGACGUAUUUAUUUCAACAGGAUAAAUUUUAUGAUGUCUCCUGGGACACUGGGGAUAAAAGUGUUCAAUGCGGCAGAAAGAUAGAUGCUGUUAAAUUAUGGCUGAUGUGGAAGGCAAGAGGCACCAACGGACUCGGGUUAUCUGUUGACAUCGCCAUGGACUGCGCCGAUUAUUUUUUCAACAAAAUAAAAGAUCGCAAUGGCUACAGACUCGUCUUCCCAAAAUAUCAGGGCAAUACCAUCAGCUUCUGGUAUAUACCUCCGAGCAUGAGAGGCCAACCGGAAACCCAAGAAUGGUGGGACAAAUUGUACGCAUUAACCGCUAAAAUAAAAGAACUUUUGGUGUUGGAUGGCCGUUUAUUAAUCAGCUACAAUCCGCUGACGGGUAAAAAAAUCGGUAACUUUUUUCGAAUGGUCGUUUCUUGCCAACCGACACCUACUUAUCAAUCCAUGGAUUUCGUUCUCGAGCAAAUUGAACUAAUAGCUCAUAAAUUAUGACCCCUUAGUUGUUUUAUUUUUGUUAAUCUAUUGUAAAC